CUGUCCGGGCGGGAGGAGGACGGUGGUGGCGGUGGCGGGCGGGCGGCGCCAUCAUCAUCAUCAUGAUGAACUCCCUGGAGCAGGCGGAGGGUGAGCCAGACCUCAAGGCUUUCGAGCGGCGGCUGACCGAGUACAUCUCCUGCCUGCAGCCGGCAACCGGGCGGUGGCGAAUGAUUCUUAUUGUGGUUUCUGUAUGUACUGCCACAGGUGCUUGGAACUGGUUAAUAGAUCCUGAAACACAAAAGGUAUCUUUUUUCACAUCACUAUGGAAUCAUCCAUUCUUCACAAUCAGCUGUAUAACUCUUAUCGGUUUAUUUUUUGCUGGAAUACAUAAAAGAGUAGUUGCACCCUCAAUCAUUGCUGCAAGAUGUCGAACUAUUUUAGCAGAAUACAAUAUGUCUUGUGAUGAUACUGGGAAACUAAUAUUAAAGCCCAGGCCUCAUGUCCAAUGACGUUCUCCAAGCCAGUGGUUCAGUGAAUUCAUGAAAAGGUGAAAGUGGCCGUGAAUAAACAAGUCCAUUGAUGCAGCACUCCUAGGGUCAACAUCAACAUUUCAGCCUCGUAAAGUUCCCGAGAACAGGAAAAUUCUCAGCCACAUGGGGGGAUUUUAUGAAACUAGCAAUGCAGCUGGCACAUAGUUUUAGGUCAGUUGCAAAAUAUGAUUUGGAAAGUAUUUAAAUCUUGCUCAGUCACUUUAAUUUAUUAAAAUGUUACGGAUUCUUGUAUUGUUUAAAAGUUGAAUUGCUCAUUUUAUUACUGACAUGCUUUUGUAACUAUUUCGUGAAAUGUUCAUACAAUUAAUAUCAAGGAUUUAAAAGCUACAAGCUGUUCUCGUGGAGAAUUGAGCUGGACUGUAUCAGGAAUUAUUUCAACAUGAUUGUUAAACUAUUGUUGCCUGCUUUUUACUCUUCCAGUCUGUUGUUUUUGCUCUGCGGAUCUUUUUUGAAUAUAGGUUAUGAGAAUAUUACCUUUAUUGUUUAUCAUUACUAUGUGUUAUGAAACCUCUGUCACUUAUCCCACUUAGACUGGAUGCAAGAUACAAUGGAUUGCCUGUGCUUUUGGGUGGGAUCCUGAAUACUUUGAUCUGCCAAAUUGUGUAAUAUUUUAUUCAUAGGAAGAUACUGAUUUGUUUUGCAGACUGUUGCAUAUAUAGAUUCACAUUUUACUGAAUUAUGCUAAAUUGUAUAGAACAGGUAGAAAUUAACUUUUUUUUUCUCCAAAUCUUGCAGUUGUUUUUCUUCUCUUGCAUUGCUAAUCUAGAAUGUGUUGUGGGUUCUUGAUUUCCCACUUUGUAUUUUAAUAACAUGAAAACUUAAUUUUUUUAAAUUUUAAAAGCAUCAUGACUUUGUAAAAAAAAUGUGGCCACAUGAAUUUUGUAGGCCUAUGUACAGAGCAAUAAACAAUUUAUAUGGA